AUGUCUGCUAAUAAAAAAGCUCAAAUUUGGGAUUACGUAAAACUAGAAGUAGUAAAAACACUACCUGACGUCCCCGGAUCUGCUACGUUAUUACCAUUAAAUUAUACUAACAAUUACACUGCUGAAAUAUUAUUUUGUGGUGGUUCUUAUGAGAUGAAACCUGAGAAUGUUGCUGAUGCUACUUGUGCAAGAAUCAAUUUAGGUAAUGAUAAUCCUACUUGGGAGAUAGAAGAUUUUGGAAAUCCUGCUCAACCUCGGGUUAUGACUGAUGCUAUAUUGAUGUCUGAUGGAAAAGUGUUGUAUUUAAACGGUGCGGUUAAUGGAUAUGCAGCCUGGGAUGGAACUGUUUUCGUGUCAGGAAGUAAUCCCAAUUCUCCCUCUUGUUUCAGCUGUGAAUAUCCAACUGAAUAUCGAGUCGAGAGAUUUACACCGCCACACUUAUUAACUGGUGCUCCCCGUGCUACAAUGAAAUCCGUGGCUGGAUCCACAUCUAUGAAUGGAUUAGCUGCCAUAACAGUAAAUUAUAAUCAAGUUGUAACAGUCGUUAUUGCCAUCAGAAUGGUAACUUUAAAAGUUGAAAGUGUUAUUCCAAUGAGUACGGGAUACGCUAUAGAUGUGGUUAUGCCACCUAAUUCUAAUAUAAUGCCUAAUGGCGCACCAGCUGACACUGCUGUUGAAAUUAAUCUUAAGCAAUGA